UUGAGAAUGCAAGGUGGAAAGAAUGAAGGACGGAGGAAGCAGGAGUAAGGGUGAUGGGGGGAGUAUGGAAUAUGAUGGAUGAAGGAUAGAGGACAGGGAAGAAAGUUUUGAACGUGGAGGACAGUAGAUGGAGGAAAAACGAUGAAGUGUGAAGAAUGAUAGAUACAGGAUGGAGGAUAGUGAUUGGAAGAUGAGGUGCAGCAGAUGGAGGAUGGCAGAUGAAUGACGGAAGACUAAGGAGGAAGGAUGUCGUCUGAAAUACAGAGGAUGGAGGAUUAUGUCUAGAAGAUAGAGGAUGGAGGAUGGGGCAGUGAUUAUGGGAUUGAGGGUGAUGAACGGAGGUUAUAAGCUGGAGCUCGUGGGUGGAGGGUCUGAUGGUGGAUGGAAACCGAGUCGGAUGUAACAACGUGUGAAAGACUCGAUGUCUCAGUGCUCUUGUUUAUCAUUGACUGAUAGUUCGGCGAGAACGUGUUUAAAAUGCGUACAGCGACCACGGGAUGCCAUGAAACGUUUAUUUAACGAAUAUCAACUUAAGCUUUUUUUAAAAGAGCAAAAAGAGGAAACAGAAUCCAGGCUGCGAAGCAAAACGCCAUCGAGGUUUAGCUUCCUUUAAGAAAGACGUUAAUAUUCCUGUGCGUGAUGGAGUGACGGCUCAACCGUAACUAAACACAUUCAAAUAAAGUUCUCACACCUUCAUCACUCUCCUCGCCGUGUCCAAUGGAAAUCCGUUCCCCGUCACCUCGGGUGUCUUUCUCCUGUUCAUAAGUUAUUACAGUCGCCAUGUCUUUGUGGAUAACUUCCAUGUGUUUGCAGCUUGUUCAUUCUGGCUAAAAUCUACAUCUUCUUUUGGCUGUUUGCCAGAAUUGAGCGACUGCGACUCCGGACAGAUUUCUCCCUGGACAUUUGAAACUGGCACGGUCUGGUCUGUUCGAUCUUAUUAGGAGACUGUUUAGGGUUCCGCAAGGUUCUGUUGAAGGGCCGCUAUUGUUUUGAUGGGGAAAUCCACUUCCCGCUAGCAGUUCAUUUAGCUUUGCGUGAGACGAUAGAAAACAAGAAGACAUGCUGUGGUCUCUUCCUUCUGAAAAUACAGGAGGAACACGGAGGAGCUGCUAAUUCAGGCGUGUCAAACACACGUUCCAAGCUGAAGGUUCUAAUCCCUGGCCCUGAAUGAAUUUAGAAAUAAAUAAUAAUGGACUUUAAUUGAAUUGUCCGUAGGGUGCGAUUGUUUCAUGCAGUGGGUUGGCACCCUGUCCAGGGUGUCUCCGCCUUCUGCCCCGAGUUCCCUGGGAUAGGCUCCAGGCUCCCCGCGACCCUGUGUAGGAUAGUACGGAGAAUGGAUGGAUUUGAAAUCGAGCUAAUUUCCGCUAUUCCACCAGUGGGCAAAACACAGCAAUAAACUCAGGUACUGACAAAAUGUGCCGUUGAUGUAAUUAUUCAUCGGCGAGCUAAAAAUAUGACACUGUAUGCCAAGCGUGACUCUUUCUAAAACAACGUUUCCAUUUUGAAUUGAUAUGGUUUAGCUCAGCGCCCGGCACGCCGUAGAGGACACUCGAUCCGCUAACGUAACGUAGCCCGUUUCCGGUAAUGCGUUUGACACUCCUUUGCUAAUGAUUAACUGGCGCUCACUGUAGAUGUCUCCUUUCUCCUUGCCGGUCACAAACGCAAGAAAACAACCCAAACAAAUGAUCCGGCUAACCUUCACUGAGCUACUCUGCAAAAUCACAUCACACCAGGACAUCAGUGAUUUUUGCUCCGGUUCUGACGGAGAAAAUAGUGAGAUGGAUGUGUGGUGCGAGCGCUGCUUUAGUCCUGAAUAAACACACUGAAUACUAAGAUCAACAGAUUGUCAUUCAUCUCUCUCGCUCUCUCUCUCUCAACACAUGUUGAUGAAUGGAGAUAGUGGCGCUCACUGACAUCAUCCCUCUCUCCUCUCUUAUCUCUCUCCCAUCUCUGUCUCUCUUUUCUCUCGCAGUUUUUCACAGUCACAUCACGCCCUGCUGUUUGUCAUUCCCUGUCCUGCUUGCUGGAUGUUGGGACGUCGGCUGGUCGACGCUAAACGCCCGUUAGCGCUUCCCUCUCUCGCUCUCUCUUUCUUUUUUUCUCUCUCUGUCUGUAUUUCCCGGAUGGCAGGAGAUGAGAGAACGAGCGAGGUUGUUUCUCACAGAUAGCCUUCACAUGCUGUUAAACCGAUUCAGUUCUUUUUUUUUCUUCUUCUUCUCCCGUCUCCGUUUCACGCUUCCUUCCGCGAGAGAUCGCUUUUGAUCCUCGUGUCAGCGGAGACUAAAAGCGCUCGCUAUUCUGUCAGGGGGUUGGAAGGGAAAGCUGUAGAGACGGAAAGAGACAGAGUGUGUAGCGCAGCCCAGAUGCCAAAGAGAAGCCGGAGUGUGUUUCAUGAAGAUACAGAACACGAUGAUGUCCCUGUUGAGAGGCACGACCCGGCCGCCUAAAGAGGGAGAAGUUCCUGGAGUGGACUACAACUUUGUGAGUGUUGAGCGUUUCCUGGAAUUAGAGAGAAGUGGAGCUCUGCUGGAGAGCGGAACAUAUGAAGAUAACUACUACGGCACACCCAAACCCGCGGCGGAGGCGAGCAGUGUGCUGCUGAUUCCCGGCUCCGUCCCAAACACAGCCAGCAAACGCAGACGCAACAAAUCCGUCAGUAACAUGGAGAAAGCCGGGAUCGAACCACCUGAGGAGGAGGAGGAGGAGACUGCCGUCGUCAACGGAGUCACAGCCACACCAGACUGCAGUGAGCAGGAGGAGAAGAGUACAGACAACUCCGGGGACACGCCCCAUGCAGACGGGACAAUGAGAGAGGAGAAGGAGGAGACAGACACGGUGAGGGCGGAGACAGAGGAGGAUAAGCCCCGCCUUAAAGACGAGCACUGUGACGAGCUCGGACCUCUGCCCGAUAACUGGGAGAUGGCUUACACGGAGAAAGGAGAGGUGUACUUCAUCGAUCACAACACUAAGACGACAUCAUGGUUAGAUCCACGGCUUGCGAAGAAAGCUAAACCACCAGAGGAGUGCAACGAAGAUGAGCUUCCGUACGGCUGGGAGAAGAUCGAUGAUCCAGUUUAUGGCAGUUACUAUGUGGAUCAUAUAAACAGGAGGACUCAGUUUGAGAACCCGGUUCUAGAGGCUAAGAGGAGACUGCAGAUGCAAAGCCAAGGCCUUUCCUCGCUUCCACUGCCUGCUCUAUACAGAGUGGAUGAGGGCGUGUCCUUCGCCACUCUACCCCGGGCGAGGCUGGCAUAUGCGGGCCCGGCUCCCGAGCGCUCUCACAGCCUCACUGACCUGCCCGAGACCCCCCUGAGCCGGCCCGGAGCGUUCGCACCGCACGGUAUAGAGAAGUCCCUGUUCACGCGAGACCCCACACAGCUGAAGGGCAGGUUCCUCUCGACGACGCUACAGAAAAGCACCAUGGGAUUCGGCUUUACGAUCAUCGGCGGAGAUGAGCCGGACGAGUUCCUGCAGGUGAAGAGCGUGAUUCCAGACGGUCCUGCUGCACAGGACGGCAAGAUGGCCACAGGCGAUGUGAUCGUCUACAUAAAUGAGGUGUGUGUACUUGGUACGACUCACGCAGACGUGGUGAAGUUAUUCCAGUCGGUGCCCAUCGGGCAGAGCGUGACCCUGGCGCUUUGUCGAGGAUACCCGUUACCCUACGAUGCUGAGGAUUCAGGAAACACCUUGAUCUCACCUCUGGGUCUUAUAGGAGACCGCCCCCUGCUGCUUAACGGCCGCAACUGCACCACGUAUGACACAUAUAUGGAGUACUUAAGCCGCACCGCGCACUUCCUGGACGACGGCGUCUCGUUGGCGUCGUCAGGGACGGAGCUGAUCGCCGUCACCAUUGUGAAGGGGCCGGAUGGGUUUGGCUUCACCGUAGCGGACAGCGAUGGAGGUCAGAGGGUGAAGCAGGUGCUAGAGCCUCAGCGCUGCCCAGGUCUGUGCGAAGGAGACCUGAUCGUGGAGAUCAACCAGCGGCCGGCCCUCACGCUUUCUCACACACGGGUGGUGGAAUUGCUGAAGGAGUGUGCGGUCGGAGCCGAGGCCACCCUGCUGGUACAGAGGGAGCGAGGUCAGUUUUCACCUUGGAAGAGUACCAAACAGGUUUUGGAGCACUGGGACUCUCAGGGUGGUGUUUGUGCUCCUGUCCUGCCCCACAGCACCCCCUACCUGCCCUGGCCCUCAGCUACUGACCCCCCUCAGGGCCUUGACCUCAGCAAACCAGACCCCUAUGACCUGUACACCAAAUCCAGGGCUUUGUAUGAGAGUAGGCGUAAGUAAACACCAGCUCAGGUUGAGUCUGUGUUAGAGCUAAGAAAGUGUGUCAAAGUUUUCUGUGUAAGAUUGAGCACAUGAAGAAUUUAAAUAUUAAUAAUAUUAACAUUGGAAGAAACACAGCAAAGGAAAAUGAUCAUUCUAGCACAAAAUGUACUGUUUCAGAAGAUUUAUUAGGAUUUGUUUACUCAGUAUUUUUUUUCUUGUCACUGAUUUAGUUCAACUAGGCAUUUCUUGUGCUAGACCUCUUUUGGAUAUUCACCCACCAAAAAACUCCAACAAGACACUGUUGAAAAUGAGCUUUUUUAUUGCUUUAACAAAUGUUUCGUACAUUGAAUGUCAGGAUAUUUGGGACGUGUGUUUUUAUAGACGUCUUAGUCUGGGAUUAUACUUUAUGCAUGAUUACUUGUUCACGUG